UGUGGUGCGGGGGAAGUCUUAUCAUAGAAUUCACACCACAUAACGGUGUUUCUAAUUUCAUUUUAAUCGAAUAUUGCUCUUUAAUUUUGUUGUGAUCAUUGACAAAGUUUCACACUAGCCUCCGAAAAUGUUUCGAUCGAAGAAAGAAGUCGACCGACACGUGAAAGACAUUUUUACCAAACUUAAGAGCUCAGAGGAGAAAAAUCUUCGGUACUAUAAUAUUGCAAAACUAUAUUAUCAAGUUGGAGAUUAUGAAUCUGCAAAAAAAUAUGUUUCUAAUUAUUUGGAAAUCAGAGAUAAAUCUGCAGGAGCUCAUAAAUUAUUAGGUCAAACUCUUGAAGCAUUAGGACAGAAGGAAGCUGCAUUUACACAAUAUAAAAUAUCUCUUGAAUUAGAACCAAAGCAAGAUGAUCUUAUUUUAAAAGUUUGUGAACUGUUAGCUGAUUCAGAUGUCAAUAUAGAUAUGAAUAAAAUUAAAUACUGGGUAGAAAGAGCUGAUAAAAAGUUUCCGCAUCAUCCAAUAGUAUUUCAAUUAAAGGAAAAAAUGUUAACUUUAGAAAAACCAAAUGGUAAUGAUGAAGACUUAGAAAAACUUAUUACCUCUGAAUUAUCGGUACGGCAAACAGAUGUGCAUCUCCAAGUGAAAUUAUUGAAGCACUAUAUAGGAAAUAAUAGACUUGAAGAUGCAUAUAACCAUGCUGUUGGAAUUGAGGCAACGCACAGUCACAGAAAUAGUAUUAUAUGGUAUCAAUCAUUAAGCGAAUUACUUGUAAAAUGUAAAGAGAAUAAAGAGUCAGAUUGGACAUUUUGGGUGUUCUACAUUUCUGUGUUAGAAAGAUACGCAGCGCUUUGUCUCAAAGAACAGGGUAAUAUUGUUAAGAAAAGUAUACCAGAUGCUAUACAAGCAGUAUUUAAUUUUGAUCAAAGUUUAACUGAAUUUCAAGAGGAACGUUUUCCUAAUCAUCCUACUUUUACUGAACACAUGAUGUUGCAUAUGUGGGGUCAGUUACACUUUCAUUUGGCCUGUUUAGUUUUGCGAAAGACUAAAGCAGGAGAGGACAGUUGGUCCGAAGCAGGAAGAUUGUGCGCACCUCUUUUGUUAACUGCAUUGCACGUUACACCUAUAGAUCCUACCGCUGUAUGGACUAUGCAUUUGAUGGAUCGACUUAAGAAUCAAGUGCAUGUAUGGUAUAGAGAAGGAUCUUACAGAUGUAGCCAAGCCGGUCAUGUGCUUCAAGAUUAUGCUCGAGAUAACGAGAAGAAAUUAUUGGACAGAAUUGAUAAAUUUUGCACGAGUUCGUGGCGUCAACGAGUUUACCAGAGAAUCUUUGUCGGCCGUAUGUAUCAAGACGGUAAAACAACUUCGUAUUCCGCAAAUUGUACCAAUUCGAAUCCACCGCUACGCCUGUGUUCGUUUAACGAACUAAAACGAUUUGAUGAAAUUUCGGAGGAAGUAUGGCCAGAUUCGUUGCAUCAUCAAGUAUGGCUUGGUUUAAGAACCAGACCUCCAAAUUCACAAAAUAAGGAUAACGAGCCUCGUCCGAACCAAACAUCACGGGUAUUUUGUGAAUUGCAGUUUUCCGUUUACAAUCUAUCGCAAGCAUCUCCGGAUAGUUUGAGCCGUCUCGACGUCGAUGCGUUCUUAAAUGCAGCAAUUCUUUGCGCUUCUGCUGUGUCAGGAGAACAACAACUGAGCGGACUCUUAAAUCCUGAAAAAUUACCGACAUUGCCAGCAGAUCUUACCAACACACUCUGUACUUGUGCUCAAGAGAAAUGGUGGACCUAUGCUUACAAAGUGUAUUCUAUGGAUAAGAAAACACCGCUCGAUGAUGAUCUUGGAGAAUUGAGAUUAGAAUUGCAACGGGGAUUGGAAGUAAUUCGUUGUCUUGGAAAUCAUGGAUUACACCCUGUUAUAUUAGUUCAUUUAGCACGAAUAUUUCAUUAUAGAGCCGAAAAAUUAAAAGAAUUAGACCAAGAAAACAGUGACAUACCAGACUUAGAGGCACGCUCUGAAAUGUAUUGGUCAACUGCUGUUCCUCUUCUCGAAAGAUUACAAAAUAAUCAAGUAAUUCGUAUAACGAAUACUAAAUUCUUUAAUUAUCAAGGAAAAGAAAUGAGUAAUGCGGAAGUUAGUAAAGCAUUAGAAGAGGGUAAAUUACUCCUAGCUCAGCGUCUUGUACGGGAGAAGUUAUACGAAAAAGCUAUCGACGCGUUACAGGCAUUAAAAUGUCCAGAGGCUUCGUUUCUUCAGGGUCAAAUGUACGAGAAGCUUGCAGACGAAAUUGUAAGCUCUAUACCCAAAGAAAGUUUAACAUCCGAAAUGAGGUCGCAACAUAUAAUUAUACUUUCAAAAGCUAGAGAAUGUUUUUACCUAACGUUAGACCGAUUGCGCAGUCCAGGAAUGAAUCCGAAACAUCCUCUGAAUUCAGAACUUUCUGCGCACAUAACCGAAAUCGAAAAUAAAUUGAAACGGAUUGAUCCAGAUUUAUCGCGGGGUGAUUUGAGUAGAAACGAGUGUGACGGAAUGUCGGAUGAAAGUUACUCUUCAGCUCACAGUAUCGUAGACCAACAAGUUACGAACACACAGUUGCCGUUAACAGGAUUGAAUGCAUCGAUUAAUAUCCUUAGUACACCUCAGAAAAAUGCUCAUCGUACACCGAAACAAUCUAGUACCCCUUACAGACCGCAGCAUCAGGACAUACUGGAUUUAUCACGGAAUCGUAGCGAGGCACGUCCAAGUCCUGAACGUCUCGAUGCUCAAAUUCGUGCAAUCAAUCAAAUGAUUCAUUCGAAAGAUAAUAUGAUACAGUCGAUAACAGAACAGAAUAAGACAAUAUUGGAAUUAAACAAAACCGUAAUGGAAAAGGUUGAAGAGCUAGCAAAAGAAGUAGCAGAAUUGCGAAAAGAAAUUCAGAAGCAACGUAGCCAACCGACUGACGUUAAUCCUAAUUUGGAAGAGGAUUUGUGCGUUCUGAACGAAGACGACUAUAACGAUUUGAAUUACAAUGCAAACCAGUCGGGUCCUGCGUCUUCGAUAUCAGGAAAUAUAUUUCCACCCUCGCAUAGAAAUCCAUAUUCUCAAUUGGUAUAUCCCUCGGCUACCGCGUUCCAAGGAUAUUAUCCAACAGGAAUGCCGUUCACCGAUCCGAACGCGCAGGCUAUUCCUCCUUUGUAUCCGCCAAAUGUUUACUCGAUGCCGGUAUUGUAUCCUAGAACGAGAUCAAAAAUGCCCGAGAACGUGCUUCAACAGGGCAUAUUCACAGCAAGAGUGCCAACGCAAAUAUCAGAUCUUAUGCAGCCAGCAAGUCAGCCAAUGCAAAUGCCACUUCAGAAAGUAGAAACACCAAAACUAGAUACGAUUAUAAAAGACGUGCUUGUGAACAAAGUUCCGCCGGUUAACGUCGUUAUUACCACUUCUGACAUUCUUCCCACUACAGCACCAGUCGUUCAACCAACCCUCAGUGUAACAAUCCCUCCGCAUUUCAGACAAGGAAGUGUCCCAGCGCCGGUUGUUGCAGAACAGUCUGUUCCUCAUUGCUAUCAAAUUUCUAUGCCUUCUCAAGCUACUAUACCGACAACGGUCAAUCUUCCGCCUCUAUCAGCCACCCUAACAACAACUCCAGCGAGUAUUUCAGUUCCAGAACAAUUGAAACAGGAUAAUACAAUCAUUUAUUCAACUGCAUCUCCGAAUAGCUCGGAUCACGAACACGACCCAAUACCAGAUUUUGUUCCAGUUAUACCAUUACCAGCUGAAGUUAAAGUUACCACCGGAGAGGAAGGCGAAGAGACUCUGUUUUGCGCGAGAGCUAAACUUUACCGUUUCGUGGAUAACGAGUGGAAGGAACGCGGUACAGGUAACGUUAAACUGCUCAGAAACGAAGAGGGAAAAGUUCGUUUGCUUAUGCGAAGGGAACAGGUAUUAAAAGUAUGUGCGAAUCAUUUUAUCACACCCAACAUGGAGUUGACUGCUAAGUCAAACAAUGAGAAAACAUGGUUCUGGGUUGCGCACGAUUUCACUGAUGAGGAACUGAAAGUAGAGAAGUUUUGUAUUAGAUUCAAAACGGUGGACGAAGGUAUUUCCUUCAAAGAACAUUUUGAUAAAGCUAAAUCGAGUCUCUCGAAGAGCCCGGAAAAAGGAAACGAAACUACUGAUAAAAUUACUAAAAGUAAUGCUGCAAGUAACGUUAAAAAGUCUGAAAAAUCUAAAGUAGAAAGUAAGUCUACAGAACAGGCGGCGUUUACGUUUGGACAAACCGUUCAGAAACAACCUGCUGAAGCUACUACAACCACCACGGAAAAUCUUUCAAAAUCUGCAACAGUUGUCGGUGGUUUCUCAUUUAAAUCACCGCCAAUUAUUCAAAAAGUGGCUACCACCGAACCUGCGAAAGUAACUCCUAAACCAGAAGUCAGCCCGUUUGCUGGAUUUACAUUUAACAAGACAGCGACGAGCGCCGAAAGUUUCAUAACUACAACACAGAAAAGUACAGUCGUUGAAACGACGACUACGACUCAGCCGUUCGUUUUCUCGUUUGCGAAGACUACGGUUUCGCAACCAGGAACUACGGUGCUACCGAUCAGCACUCAAAGCGCAUCAAUUUCAUCUUCGCAACCAUCUGGUGUUGCCAUUACCAGCGAAAACGCUUCUGUGAACGUGCCUCAGUUUCCACUUAGAAGGCCACACGUUCCUCCACCAGGUGUAACUGUUUCGACGACUUCUGUUGUAGGCAUCCAAGACGACGAUAUUCCACAAAGUGAACAGGAAGUGCUGUUCAGCGACAGUACCAUUCUCCAGUACUGCAACAACGAUACUAAACAAUGGGAGAAGAGAGGAACAGGAGAGAUGAAGAUUUUAUGCAGUUCAAAAACAGGCAAAGCUCGUUUGUCAAUGAAAGAGCAGGGCAGUUCAAAAGUUCUUUACAAUUACAAUCUCUUAGCUAAAACGCCAUUUACAUUUGAGAAUGCUGGCAACACCAUAGUCAGUUGGAGCAUUCAGUAUGGAUCGGACAAUAAAACAGCGACGUUUGCUGCAACAUUUAAGACACCGUCUCAGGCAUCUUCGUUUUAUAAUGCAAUCGUUAACAAUCAACAGAAAAUGAUAAACGAUUGUAUUCCCGUCGCUAGUUUGAAGAAACAGGAAACAAAGCAAGCAAAUAAAGCUCAACCGUCCUUAAGCGAAAUGUUUAAACCUCCGGCAGGUUCCUGGGAAUGCGAUGCUUGCUACACGAGAAACGACGCAUCGAAUGUAAAAUGUUUAGCUUGCGAAACACCUCGGCCGGGAUCUAAUAAAACGUCUUCGGUUCCAGCGGUCGAAUCGAACGCUUCGGCUGCGAACCAAGGAUCUAUUUCUCAGAUGUUCAAACCAGCCGGUGCUUCAUGGAAAUGUAAAUGCGGCGUGGUAAACACAGGCGAAAGUAUCUAUUGCGUUAUCUGCGACGGACCGAAAGAUCCGUCUCUUCCACCAAAACCGAAAACUGAUGGAUUCAAAAUAAGCGGCAGUACUUCUGGACCUACGCCUACGUUUGCUUUCGGUAUUCCACAGGAUGCGAAUAAAAAGAGCACGAGCGGAUUUUCGUUUCGUUUACCAGCCUCUAAUAAUAUUUCUAAAGAUUCCAAGUCCUCGGACGAUACCCAGCCAGACAUGUCCGGUGCUAAGUUUAUCUUUGGAAUGCCUCAAACGCAAAGCGCAUCGUCGAACAAAAGUUCGACGUUAACUUUUGGAUCACCUGGUAAGUCGUUCGAGUUUAACUUUGCCUCGAAAUCUCCAACUAAAUCUCCUGGAGCUGAUGAGAAUAGCGAAGAGGAGGUAGUCGAAAGCGACGACAUUCAUUUCUCGCCGGUGAUUCCGUUACCGGAAAAGAUUGAAGUUAAAACAGGCGAAGAGGACGAAGAAGUUCUUUACAGUCACCGAGCGAAAUUGUUCAGAUACGAUAAUUCAGUGAACGAAUGGAAGGAACGCGGGUUGGGUGAUAUAAAAUUACUGCGACACAACGAAACUGGUAAAUUAAGGCUGGUAAUGAGGCGGGAACAAAUUUUGAAACUUUGCUUGAAUCAUUUUGUUCUCCCUGAUUUGGAGUUGAAACCGAAAGACGAAAAGACUUGGAUAUGGAACGCCGCUGAUUAUAGCGAUGGAGAAAUCGAACAUACGCUUUUCGCCUGUCGUUUUAAGACGCCUGAUAUCGCGAGAAAUUUCCAAAAUGUACUUGACGAUGCUAGGAAGGAGCAGAAGGUUCCAACAAUUAAAAAGGACACCGAAUCUAAAGAAGAAACAUCCGCCAAAAGUUCUCCGGUUCAGGAAAUCGAAGUUCUGUAUGAAGUAAAAGUGACUCCUGAAGAAAAGAAAGAAGCAUUGAAAUUACAGCUACCGGAGAACUUCUUUGCGUACAAACAGAAACCAGCUUGUCCUGGGUGUAGAGGUUGCGAGGAAGACAGCGAUGCUUCUGAAGAAGCACCGGUAUCAUCGAAAUUAUCUGUAGAAAAUCAAAAACCACAAACUACUGCAUCUACGAUGCAGUUCGCUUGGAAACCUAGUAAAAGUACAGCUAACGAAGUUACAACUAAUGCUAAUAUUUCUUCUGUUUUCAAGCCUGGAAUAUCUAGUACAAGCACACCGUUUUUUGGAACGAAUUCUCUUUCAACUACACCUACAUCGACUAUAUUUUUUGGAAAUACUGAUUCCACUGCAUUAAGCGAUAAGAAGAACACUUUUUCAUUUGGAAUGCCUCAGACUAGUGUGAACGAGACACAGAAAUCUGUAACUGAUACACAGAGCAUAUUCUCAACUGAUAAUUUAAAGAUAUGCAGUCCUAUGACUUCUCAAGUACAAACAACCACUGCGUCUUCUUUGUUCACAACCUCGGUUGCACCGACAUCUAUAACAUCCAUAUUUGGAGCAGCCAAAACGGAUCCAUUUAAUUUAAGUGCAGGGAAAAAUAUUUUUGGUGGAACAUCGAAGAAAGAUCCUUCUGGGUUACUAAAACCUAGCUCUCUCAAUGUCAGUACAACAAGUUCUGAAUCAGUAUUUUCGAACAGUUUCAAUUCUCAGUCGAAAACAAGUACUACAGGUGCACCUGUGUUUGGUAGCAGUGCUCCAAUUUUUGGAUCAGCAGUGAAAACCAGUACCGAAAGUACUCCACCUAUUUCAUCAUCGUUUAUAUCCACUACUACCACAAAUCCGACUAAUACAACCACCAAUUCGAUAUUCACUAAUACUUCUACACCAUUUUCAUUCAAUUCUAUUUUCGAUGGACAAAUGUCUUUUACAACUUCGAACGCCACAACUAAUACUUUUGGAACAACGUUAAUAACAAACGAAACUCACAAAGGAGCUGAUGUUCCUUUCUUGCCGGCUUCAGGCGAAUCAUUUUCAACUUUAGCAGCUAAAAGUUCUCAGCAAGGAUUUAAAAUAGAUCCAAAUUUCUCGUUUGCUGGUGCCGGGGCAGCUGUAUUUGGUUCUAAAUCAGCUACUAAUAAUUCCGUGCAAAAAGUGAGAGAAGAAACAACAGAAAAGAAAGAUGAAAACGACGAAGAAGAAAAUGAUCAAAAUGAGAAUGAUCAAGAACAUGAUCCUCAAUUUGAGCCAGUAGUACCAUUACCCGAUGUUGUUGAAGUACGUACUGGUGAAGAAGAGGAAGAAAAAGUAUUUAGUGAACGAGCUAAACUAUACAGAUAUGAUAAUGCAACACGUGAAUGGAAAGAAAGAGGUGUUGGAGAGAUGAAAAUUUUACAUCAUUCAACAUAUAGAACUUACAGAUUACUGUUACGUAGAGAUCAAGUUCAUAAAGUAGUGUGCAAUUUAUUGCUUACUCCAGAUAUUAGUUUUAACAGACUUUCGACUUCGGAUCGUGCUUGGAUAUGGGCAGGAAUGAAUUAUGCCGAGGAAGAACCGUGCUUAGAACAAUUGGCAGUUAAAUUUAGAUCUCCAGAACUGGCAACAAAGUUCAAGGAUACAGUUGACAGUAUUCAACAAACGCUAAGUGAAAUCCGAGAAAAAAGUACAGAAGGCAAUCCAAUAAUAGAAGAACCAGAAGAUGAAAAUGAAGAAGUGGAUGAAGUGGAACACGAAGAUGACGGUGAAGAAGAGGAGAAAGAGGGAGAUGAAGAGGAAGAAGACGAAGAAGAUGAUGAUCAAAAUUUUAUAAUUUUUGAAAAGAGAGCCACAUUGUUAGCCAAAGCAAGCAAAACAAGCGAUUGGAGUCCUGUAGCUUUAGGAACUUUAGUCAUUUAUUAUGACUCUAAUAUUUUUGGUGCAAAAAUAAUAUUAAAAGCGGAUGAAACAAAUAAAAUUGUGAGCAAUACGAUUAUCAGUAUGAAUACACAGAUGCAGGUUAGUGGAAAAGAAUGUAUUUGGACAGCAAUUGAUUAUGCUUUAAAUCCAGAAGCAAGACGUACUUUGAAAGCAGUUUUUUCGUCAAAUCUGGUCGCACAGCAAAUGUAUAAAUAUUUUCAAGAAGGAAUAGAAUAUGCAAUUCAAGCAGAUAUCAGUGAACAAUUCUAUGAAGAAGAAUAAAAACCAAUUCAACCCUGAACAUUUCUUAUAAUAAAGUAUUUCUUCUGAAUGUAAAACAUAUAAAUUUAGUUCAAUUCCAAUUUAUAGGAACUAUAUCAUUUUUAAUUCCAUCCUAUUUUUAUGGAUGUAAUUAUUUAAUGAGUGACUGUACAAAUUAUUUAAGGAUUUAUUAAUUGAAAAGAAACAAAUUUGUAUUAAAUUUAACGUGUUUUACUCACAAAAGAAUAUGCGCAAUAAUAUAUUAACAUAUUUAAUUAAUGAAAUAAAAUAUAUCAACCAACGGAUAUUUUU